AUGGGUGUCUGCAAUUGCUCUACGGUGACCGAGUUUCUUCUUUUGGGACUCACGGAGCAAUCGGAGCUCCAGCUGCCCCUCUUCUGCCUGUUCUUUGGGGUUUACGCCGUCAGCGGUAAUCUUGGCAUGAUCGCCGUGAUCAGGCGGACCCCUCACCUUCACACGCCCAUGUACUACUUGCUCAGCGCGUUGUCCUUCAUAGACGUCUGCGGUUCCUCCGUCAUCACCCCCCGGAUGCUGGCAGGGUUUUUAGGCAGGGGUAAGACGAUCUCUUAUUCGGGAUGCAUGGCCCAGCUGUUCUUCUUCUGCCUCUUUGUCAUUUCCGAGUGCUACAUGUUGGCGGCCAUGGCCUACGAUCGCUAUGUGGCCAUCUGCCACCCUCUGCACUACAGUGUCAUCAUGUCCCCUCAGCUCUGCUUUCUGCUGGUGGCCGCCGUCUUCUCCGUGGGCCUCGUCGACAUGGUGAUUCACGGGGGUUGUAUACUAAGGUUGUCCUUCUGCAGCUCGAACACCAUCAAACAUUAUUUCUGCGACAUCGCCCCACUCCUGAAGCUCUCCUGCUCCAGCACGCACGUCGACCGACUUCUGAUCUUUGUCAUUGGUGGGUUUAACAUGGGCGCCACCAGCCUGACCAUCCUCGCGUCGUACGCCUUCAUCCUCACCAGCAUCCUGCGCAUCCACUCCAGACAGGGCCGGGCCAAAGCCUUCGGCACCUGCAGCUCCCACCUGACUGCCGUCCUCGUGUUCUACGGGUCUCUCAUGUCCAUGUACCUCCGGCCUGCGUCCCGCGCGUCCGUCCUGCGGGAGAAGGCGGCCUCGGUGUUCUACACCACCGUGAUCCCCAUGCUCAACCCCCUCAUCUACAGCCUGCGGAACAAGGACGUGAAGACCGCGCUGGCGAAGCCGGCGCGCAGCAGGGUCUCUUCCUAA